GGCGGAGCCGGCCCCCUCACCCGCGGGUGUGUCCUAUAAAUGGCGUCGGAAAGCGACACCGAAGAAUUCUAUGAUGCCCCUGAAGAUGUGCACCUGGGGGGCGGCUAUCCUGUAGGGUCUCCAGAAAAAGUUGGACUUUCAUCAGUCAAGGAAACAGAGAACACAGCACAAAAAGCUGGAAAUGAGUCCCCUGUACAAGAGCUGAGACAAGAUGUAUCUAAAAAGAUAAUUGAAAGUAUUAUUGAGGAAAGUCAGAAAGUACUACAAUCAGAAGAUGACUCUUUGGAUUCCAAAGGGAGAGGACUCUCUGAUCAGGCUACUGCCAGUUCUUCUGUGGCUGAGACAGACUUUAGUGACAUACCUGGACUAUUAUCCAUAGAGCACGAACUACAGCAUGAUUCUGAAAAGGCAGACAGUCCAAAUGUAUUUGAAGAAGCUGAAUUAGAAGCACAAAGAUGUUUUCCUUCUGAGGACUCCUGUGAGAAGACUGUAGACGAAACUGCUAAUGUAGCUGAAGUAAGUUCAGCUGAGCAGCUUGAUGUUUCUGAACUGGAAACCGAAAUACUGAGCAAGGAAGCAAUGGAAGUCAAAGAAAGCGAUAUUCUAGAUCCUGCAUCCUCAGAUUCUUUGUCUGCUAAAGAUUUUGCUGCUGCGGAAGAAGUGGCUCCCGCCAAACCCCCAAGGCACCUUACUCCAGAACCUGAUAUAGUAGCCAGUACAAAGAAGCCUGUUCCUGCACGCCCACCACCACCAACUAAUUUCCCACCUCCUAGACCCCCACCUCCAACCCGACCUGCACCACCACCAAGAAAAAAGAAAAGUGAAUUGGAGCUUGAGGCUCUUAAAACACCUGAUCUGGAUGUACCCAAAGACAACAUUACAUCUGAUUCUCUCCUUACUACAAAUGUGGCUUCAGAGAGUACAGUUAGAGAUUCUCAGCCUUCUCUUGAUUUGGCAAGUGCUACAAGUGGAGAUAAAAUAGUUACUGCCCAGGAAAAUGGAAAAGCACCUGAUUUGCAGACGGUAGCAGGGGAAGUGAUGGGCCCUCAGAGACCUAGAUCCAACUCUGGGAGAGAGCUUACUGAUGAGGAAAUUUUAGCCAGUGUAAUGAUUAAGAACCUGGAUACUGGAGAAGAAAUACCUCUAAGUCUUGCUGAAGAAAAGUUGCCAACAGGUAUUAAUCCUCUCACUCUACACAUCAUGAGAAGGACAAAGGAGUAUGUAAGCAAUGACGCCACACAAUCUGAUGAUGAAGAAAAGUUGCAGUCACAACAAACAGAUACUGACGGUGGACGGUUAAAGCAGAAAACGACUCAACUAAAGAAAUUCCUUGGAAAAUCAGUAAAGAGAGCAAAGCAUCUUGCUGAGGAAUAUGGUGAACGUGCUAUAAAUAAGGUUAAAAGUGUAAGAGAUGAAGUGUUUCAUACUGAUCAAGAUGACCCUUCAUCAAGUGAUGAUGAAGGAAUGCCAUAUACAAGGCCAGUUAAAUUCAAGGCAGCACAUGGUUUCAAAGGACCUUAUGAUUUUGAUCAGAUCAAAGUGGUGCAAGAUCUUAGUGGUGAACAUAUGGGAGCUGUUUGGACAAUGAAAUUUUCUCACUGUGGCCGAUUACUUGCCUCAGCUGGACAAGACAAUAUAGUGAGGAUAUGGGCUUUAAAAAAUGCUUUUGACUAUUUCAACAAUAUGCGAAUGAAAUACAAUACUGAAGGCCGUGUGUCACCAUCACCAUCGCAGGAAAGUCUAAGUUCAUCAAAGUCUGACACAGACACAGGGGUAUGUAGCGGAACUGAUGAAGACACAGAUGACAAAAAUGCACCAUUUCGGCAACGGCCCUUUUGCAAAUAUAAAGGACAUACUGCUGAUCUCCUUGAUCUUUCAUGGUCUAAAAACUACUUUCUGCUCUCUUCUUCCAUGGAUAAGACAGUCAGGUUAUGGCACAUUUCUAGAAAAGAAUGCCUUUGCUGUUUUCAACAUAUAGAUUUUGUCACUGCCAUCGCUUUCCAUCCAAGAGAUGACAGGUAUUUUCUCAGUGGAUCAUUAGACGGAAAGCUCCGCCUAUGGAACAUUCCUGACAAAAAAGUGGCUUUAUGGAAUGAAGUAGAUGGUCAGACAAAAUUGAUCACAGCUGCCAACUUCUGUCAGAAUGGCAAAUAUGCAGUAAUUGGGACGUAUGAUGGUAGAUGUAUUUUCUAUGAUACAGAGCAUUUGAAAUACCAUACACAAAUACAUGUACGAUCUACUAGAGGGCGCAACAAGGUUGGAAGAAAAAUUACUGGCAUUGAACCUUUACCUGGAGAAAAUAAGAUAUUGGUAACCUCAAAUGACUCCAGAAUCAGACUAUAUGAUCUCAGAGACCUAUCACUGUCCAUGAAGUAUAAGGGUUAUGUCAAUAGCAGCAGCCAGAUCAAAGCAAGUUUCAGCCAUGACUUUACUUACCUCGUUAGCGGUUCAGAAGAUAAAUAUGUUUAUAUCUGGAGUACUUACCAUGACCUAAGCAAGUUUACUUCAGUCAGGAGAGAUCGUAAUGACUUCUGGGAAGGUAUUAAAGCACAUAAUGCAGUUGUUACAUCAGCCAUCUUUGCUCCGAACCCGAGUUUGAUGUUAUCCCUUGAUAUACAAACUGAAAAAUUAGAAGGGACAAGUGAAGAUGCUGAAGUUUUGGAUAGCACAUCUACUGGUAUUGUGAAGACAGAUAACACAGAAGUUCUUCUCUCUGCUGACUUCACUGGAGCAAUCAAAGUGUUUAUUAACAGAAGGAAAACUGUAUUUUAAUUUGAAACUAUAUUUAAAAUAAACCCAUCAGCAAGUUUCUAUAUGUAUCAGAAAUGAGAAAAGUAUUAUAGUGUUUCAGGCUAACAUCCUUUUUUAACUUUUAUUGAAAGUUGUUCAAAUAUAAUAUAUAUUUUUGAGAGGCAGUGUUAGUGAUCUAGGAACCCCUAGACUGAUAGACUAGAAAGAAUGUGUCUAGAUUAACAUUGCCAAGCAUAGAGUUUAUGUUUUGUUAUGUUUAUGUUUUGUUAUAUAAUUAUAAACAUGCGCAGGUUUCUGCAUGAAAAGAUAUUAAUAUAUUAAUCACAUGUGCGUGCCUUUUGGUUACAUGCACUAAAUCUAACAAAGUUAAAUUAUUUUGGUGGCUCUUUUGGCCUCCUACUGGGUCUUGUUUCUAGCUCUAAAAUUUUUUUUUGCACAAAAUUUCAUUUUUAAGAAACGUGGUAUCUUUUGACUGAAUUAUUGUUUUGAAAAUGUUAUAUAGGUUUUCAAUAGGUCAAUAACCAUGUAUAAAUGGUUUUUUAUAAAUUUCUCAAUUUGGGGACAAGAUUUUUUUUG